CGUUUAGCUAAGCUAACAUAACUGUAUACAGUAAAGCAGCUUCAUUGUCUGCCAGCUGAGGCAUACCCACGGUAAGCUGCGGGCUUUGUUGACAGUCAGUGUUUUUAAAGCGUCGGUUAGCAUGCGGCUAACAGAGGAGCGUGUUCCGCUGUUAUAUAAAGUUAAGGGUGAGAGUUAAACAGCCCCUCCGGUUAGCUGCGGGUGUUAAAGCCCCUCCACAGACAGCUCUCUGCUGGCACUCAACACCGCGUCACACAAGCCAAACUUAAAGCGGCUGUCAGAGCUGCGCCUUCUCCGCUCCUUCAAACCGGGACAACCUGCGCCAGUUCCUCUCCAUCCUCCCCGGGCAGCGCGAUAAGGGCUGCUGCUUGAGGACAGUGGGGGCUCUCUAAUGAUCCCACCAUUCAUCCAAUGAACCCCCUUAACUCCAUGAAACCCUCCCUGCCUCCGACUCCACAAAGCACUGACGGCCCCUUCCUAAAUGAGCCAGUCUCCUGGCAACCAGGCACCAAUCAGCACACAAGAUCUCUCUCUGUAGUAACCACAGUGUGGGGCGUGACCAAUCCCACACACAGCCAGGUGUUUGGAGGACCCAUGGGCCCUGGGGAGAGUUCUGGUGGCCACAUUAUGCCCGUGGGCAGCCCGGGGAUGGGCGGCAGCAUGGGCUCCCAGUUCAUGGGCCAGCAGUCGUACGGAGAUGGCGUGUCUAAAGGCUAUGGCCAGCCUGUCAUGUAUGGACGCCCCAGCACCGCCUACAACCCAGGUUCAGCAUAUGGAGGAAGUUACUCUGGUAACGGCGGAGGUGCCGGCCUGGGUGUCCGUGCUCCCUCAGACUUCACUCAGGCUGCCGCCGCUGCCGUAGCUGCAGCCGCCGCCACUGCCACCGCCACCGCCACGGCAACCGUUGCAGCAAUACAAGAGAAACAGAACCAGGAGCUGAGCUACAGUCAGAUGGGUGGAGCAUCCCCUUACAGCAACCAGUUCCUGUCUCAUUCAGGCCCCCGUGGCCCCCCAGGAAUGAACCAUGGCGGGAUGGUUCCCCUGAGGCCUGGACUGCCACCUUCCACAGGUGGCUUGUAUCCCUCUCACCCUGCGCAGCCUCAGAGGAUGCCUCAGCACGGCAGCUUCUCAGGCGCACAGCAAGGCCUCAAACGUCCUUUCCACUCAGAGGGUUUUCCAGGGCAGCAGUACAGCUCUGGAGGAAUGUCUGGGUAUUCUAACCAACCUCUGCAGUACCCCACCGGUCCACAGCAGAGAUGCGCGCCGUCACCCUCCUACCCCUCCACUCGGAUGCCUCACAUGGGACCGUACACGCCUGGAGCCCACAAUCCAUCCCAGUUCCCUCCAGGUGCCGGCCAGCCCAAUCCGCCACAGUUUUAUAAGUCCGAGCCUUUUAACGGUCAGGGCAGUCUGCCGUCUGGAGCAGCAGGGGGUUACAACGCCUUCACACAGGCUGCAGUUAACGGACCCGGUCGAGGUGCAGUGAUACCUGGAUACCCCAGCUCACCGAUGGGAGGGAAUCCCACCCCACCGAUGACGCCAGGGAGCUCCAUACCCCCUUACCUUUCCCCGGGUCAGGACACCAAGCCUCCCUACCUGCCGCUGGACUCCAAAGCCAACAUUAGCACCCAGCAGCCCCCUACAGGUAAUCCGAGCGAUGACCUGCGUCUGACGUUCCCUGUCCGGGACGGCGUGGUGUUGGAGCCUUUCCGACUGGAGCACAACCUCGCUGUCAGCAACCACGCAUUCCAGCUUCGAGAUUCGGUCUACAAAACACUGGUGAUGAGGCCGGAUCUGGAGCUGCAGUUCAAGUGUUACCACCAUGAAGACAGGCAGAUGAACACCAACUGGCCAGCCUCUGUGCAGGUCAGCGUAAACGCGACUCCUCUGUCCAUCGAGAGGGGUGACAACAAAACCUCCCACAAGCCUCUGUACCUGAAGCAGGUGUGUCAGCCCGGACGCAACACCGUGCAGAUCACUGUGACGGCGUGCUGCUGUUCCCACCUGUUUGUGCUGCAGCUCGUCCACCGGCCGUCUGUCAGGUCCGUUCUGCAGGGCCUGAUGAAGAAGAGGCUGCUGCCGGCCGAGCACUGCAUCACCAAGAUAAAGCGAAACUUCAGCAGCGGCACAAUCCCCGGGACGCCUGGCCUGAACGGAGAGGACGGAGUAGAACAGACGGCAAUCAAAGUGUCCCUCAAAUGUCCCAUCACGUUCAGACGAAUCCAGCUGCCGGCCAGAGGCCACGAUUGCAGGCACAUACAGUGUUUUGAUCUGGAGUCCUAUUUGCAACUGAACUGUGAAAGAGGGACGUGGAGGUGCCCUGUGUGCAAUAAAACAGCUUUGCUAGAAGGCCUGGAGGUGGACCAGUACAUGCUGGGGAUUCUGGUCUACAUACAGAAUUCUGAUUACGAGGAGAUCACCAUCGACCCGGUGUGUGGCUGGAGGCCGGUGCCGAUCAAACCCGACCUACACAUAAAGGAGGAGCCCGACGGUCCGGUCCUAAAACGCUGCCGCACAGUCAGUCCCAGCCACAUGGUCCUGCCUAAUGUGAUGGAAAUGAUCGCAGCUCUGGGGCCCUCGUCGUCCCCGUACCAGAGCCUGAACGCAGGGGGCCGGAACACGCCCGACUACAGCCGGCCAGGAAGCCAGGGAUUCUCUGGCCAAACUGGAUUUACAGAUUUCCCCAACACUCCUGGGACCCCGACGCUCGGAGAGUACACAUCCUCCGGACCGCCGGCGCCCCUCCCCUACCAGUCUGAGCAGGGGGCCCACAGUGGGGGAAUCGAACACUCCCACAGCAUCCUGCAGCAGCACGUAUCAGGAGUCCAUAACAACCAGAGUCUCGGGGAGGCUGGGAGCCCGCUAGCUCAGCGGAGCUCAGCUACACAGAACUCGCGGCUGCAGGGGGAAGGCUCCUUCGGUCUGGGUGGUCCUGGAGGGGACGGGGCAGAUCACGCUCUAGAUCUCCUUCCUGAGCUGACCAACCCAGAUGAGCUGCUGUCUUACCUGGGACCCCCCGACCUCCCGAACAACAGCAACGACGACCUGCUAGCGUUGUUCGAGAACAACUGACAUGAAGAGGCUGGCCGCCCCCCUCCCGUUUGCACCCACUCUGGAGUGUGAACGCGUGCAUACCAGUGUUUUUGUUUGUCUUUUGUCUUUAAGUGUCCUACUGUACUCUGAAGUCCUUUCAGUGCAGUGAAGAGGUGCAUGAAGGAACAUGGUGAGAGAAGGAAAAAACACAGAGCCUAACAGCUACCGACUCCAUGGGCCAGCAUUUCAAACACAAGCACAACCGUCAGUCAGUCUGGAGGCGGGGGAUGAGAGGAGCUGAACGAGGCGUAGAUUUGUUUGCUAGAGCUGCUCCAUGUCACAAAAGGAGCUGGUUCCCAUCUGUAGCUAGAAGACAUCAGUGCAACCAAAUUACAAGAGAUCUGUGCUUCACUCUAAAACCGACAGCUGGGAUCGUUUUCCUAAACAUGAACCAUUUUGCUGAAGGUUUUACUCACACAUCUUAAUCUUCAGGCUAAUGGCUGCUCUGUUAAAGGUUUAAAAAUAGGUUAAAUUAAGUCAUCAUUAAAUGAACGAGUUUUAACUCGGUGAUGAAUGCAUCCUGACAGCAAUGCUCUAAAAUGAUUAAAGUUAAAUUUGCAACUAGCUAAGCUAACGUUAGCUUCACUGUUUAUAUAAAGGAAAAUGAGGAUUAAAUAAAUUUGCUUA